AUGGGGAGGGUCCUACCCCUCUCCCAAGGUGACACCCCCAUCUCUCCACAACGAAACCUCGGCUGCUCGGUUGGUCCACCUCCAGCACAAUCGCUGAACCAGGCGCAUCCCACCAACUCAAAUCACUACCCGAACCGCGUAUACUACUGUGCAAAAACGAAUUUGCUUGUACAUGAUGUGCAGAUGGACACGUGUCGACGUCUUAUGAGCUUUCGUCGUGAACAAUACACCCCCCUCUUCCCCAAAUCAUUCGUUUACUCCCUGGAGACCUCUGAAGCAAAGCAAAACCCUAGCCCUUCAUUGCCGCCGUCGUGCCCGAGGUCCUCAGCGCCGCCGCCGUUCCCAGGUCCUCAGCGUCGCCGCUUCUUCCUCUUCCCCGUGUCCGGAACUCAGGUAGCUCGUCACGUCGUCUUCAUCUUCGCUGGCUUCUCUGUUCGUGGCUUGGAGCAGCUCGCCGUCGUCUCGCCUAUCGCCUCGUCUCGCCGAUUGCCGUCCCUUCCUCCAUCGAAGGUAUCAAUGGAUAAAAUGAAAUGAAAAACCUACUCCAUGGGAAAUUACUCCAAUAAUUGUAUCUAAUCAUGUAUCUUGUAUUGAAC